AUGGGCCUCGGAGCUGCCCCGGGCGUCCUGGCUCUGGUGGCGCUUUCGACGCUCGGGCGCCUCGCCGGAGCGGGUUGCGUCGAGGAAAGGCGCUGCUGUCCCGGCCGGGAUCCGACGUGCACCGCCACCGGCUGGCGCCUGGACAGAACUUAUGGGACCUGCUUCUGCGACGAGGCUUGCGAGAAGACCGGCGACUGUUGCCACGACUACGCCCAGGGGUGCCCAGCUGUUUCAUGUGUUGUUGGAGAAUGGAAUCACUGGAGUGGCUGUGCAGAGCAAUGUAAACCCACCUUUCGGAUGCGUACGCGUAUUGUACAACAAGAGCCAAAAAAUGGUGGGGAGCCUUGUCCUCCAUUGGAAGAAAAAGCUGGCUGCCUGGAAUAUGCAACUCAUGAAGGGAAAGAUUGUGGAGACGUUCCUGCAUUCAUUACUACUUCUGAAUAUAGUAAAGAGAGAAAAAAGACAGCUGUACAUCCAAGGUGGUCUUUAGAAACAGAAGAUUCUAGGAGUUACUGUGUGGAAUUUAAAACAGAAUCAUUGUCUCCUUAUUGCUCUAUGGAAACUCGCCAAUAUGCUCGAUGGAUGCAGUACCUUCGAGCAGGCUAUACAGUAUGUGUAAUCUGCCAGGAGCCAGCAAUGCACAGAGAUAACUAUCGCUGUCCUGGAGAUGGCACGGAUACUGAUAGGAAUGCAAUUCUCCACUGGCAAGCAGUUGGAAACCCAUCCUGCUAUGGAACUUGGAAGAAAAUUCAGCAAGUGGAAGAAUGUUCAUGCCCUCUUGUACAUAGUUUUAUUUUUACAUAGCAGAGUGAAUGUAUUUACACCUGAAGUAUAAAAUCUAGCACUGCACCUAUGUAAAGCUUUUAAGCAUUAAAUAAAUGAGGAAUCAAUUUUUGACAUUACACGCAGUCUUUUGUAUGAAUGGAUAAAGUUAAAUGAACUAUAUAAAGUUAUAUUGGUGUUCCCUGAAUUCAGUACUAAUAAUUAUUGUGAAAAGCCAUUAAAACAAAUAAGCUGGAUAAUCAUUUACAUAAAUCAACUGUAAUAUGGCAUUCAUUCUUUUGAAAAGCGUCUGCUUUAGUUAUAAUUUAAAAUAAAUAUU